CCGACCCGUUUCUCUGUCGGCUUGAGCCGCUGCUGCAGCAGCAGCCGCAGCAGCCUCAGCGGCGGCUGGAGAAGGUCGAGCCCGGAUGCUCCAGCCUGCGCCUCGAGGGCGUGCGUAGCCUCGAGGACGUUCAUGCCUGUGCGCGCGGGGGCGGCCUCUGCACCCCAGCCCCCAGCCGUAGGCUUACCCUCCGGGAGCCCUGGGGCUUUAAUGCACAGACGCUGACUUGACGUUUGUCAGCCUCCCUUCCCUCCGCCCCUUUCCUCCCCCUCCCAAUCCUAGCCCAACCCCGGAGAAGCAGGACCAGGAGCAGGAGCAGGAGCGGAGCCUCCCCGGCAGGCGGAGCCGCAGGAGUAGAAUCUAGAGCCGCGGAGCUGCGGUUUGGAGGGGGUGAGGGCUGGGUGGCUGCCGCUUCUUCUUCUUCUUCCUUUUUUUUUUUUUUUUUUUUUUGCAAUUUCCAUUUGAAGGGAGCAGGAAACACGGCGCAGCUGAGCGUAGCCAGCCACGAUGCACCAGCAGCAGCGGCGGCAGCAGCAGCAGCAGCCGCCCCGGGGUAGCAGCAGCAGCAGCAGCAGCAGCAGCAGCAGCAGCAGCAGCAGCGGCAGCAGCAGCACCACCACCACCACCACCAGGAGCAGCAACAGCAGCAGCACCACCAGGAGCAGCAACACCAGCGGGCGGCCCUGAGAAGAAGGAGGAAACCAGAGAGGGGCCAGCUCCUGUCUCCGCCUCCCCCUCAAGUCGCCCUCCCCCGGUGCUCCCCAACCCCUGGGCCCCGGCCCCAGUCCUCGCAGCUCACCCGGCUCUGGGGAUCCCCCUACCCCCCAGAUCUCUCCACACCUCGUUCUCCGCCUCCGCAAACUUUCACGCUGUCUCUGCUGCCCAGCCUGGCUCUACACCAAUGGUGGAGGCGAUAGUGGAGUUUGACUACAAAGCUCAGCAUGAUGACGAGCUGACAAUCAGCGUGGGUGAUAUUAUCACCAACAUCAAAAAGGAAGAUGGAGGCUGGUGGGAGGGACAGGUCAAAGGCAGAAGAGGUUUGUUCCCUGACAACUUUGUAAGAGAGAUAAAGAAGGAGAUGAAGAAAGAAACCCUUUCCAGUAAGCCUCCUGAGAAACCCAUGCAGGAAGUAUCCAAUGGAAGCUCUUUGCUGUCUUCUGACACGGUUAUAAGAACCAACAAAAAAGAACGCAAUCGAAGGAGACGAUGUCAGGUAGCCUUUAGUUACCUGCCCCAGAAUGAUGAUGAAUUGGAAUUGAAAGUUGGUGACAUCAUAGAAGUGGUAGGAGAGGUGGAGGAGGGAUGGUGGGAAGGUGUUCUCAAUGGAAAGACUGGCAUGUUUCCUUCCAACUUCAUCAAGGAAUUGUCUGGAGAAUCAGAUGAUCUGGGAAUUGCCCAAGAGGAGCAACUUAUAAAGCCAAGGGCUGAGUUUGUUACCACGUCAACUCUACUGCCCAUGGCGGUUCAUGGAGCAAAAGGAAAGACUGCCUUUGAAGGGACAAUUCUGUACAGAGUGGCACCGGGAAAGAUUGACAGCUACAGACGCUAUAACAGUCUGAGGGAAACUACAGGCUCAGAAAGUGAUGGUGGUGACUCAAGUAGUACGAAGUCAGAAGGUGCCAAUGGGAUGGUCUCAGCGGCAGCAGCCAUCCAACCCAAGAAGAUACGAGGGGUUGGCUUUGGGGAUAUUUUCAAAGACAAACCUAUCAAGCUAAGACCAAGGUCAAUAGAAGUAGAAAAUGACUUUAUCCCUGUGGAAAAGACGGUUGGGAAGAAGUUACCUCCAACGGCAGCAACUCAGGAGUCAGCAAAAAUAGAAAUGGACAGCAGAACAAAGACAGGCAAGGAUUACUGCAAAGUCAUAUUUCCCUAUGAAGCGCAGAAUGAGGAUGAACUGACAAUCCGAGAAGGCGACAUAGUCACCCUGGUUAACAAGGAUUGCAUCGAUGUAGGCUGGUGGGAAGGAGAACUGAAUGGGAGACGAGGAGUAUUUCCAGAUAACUUUGUGAAGCUUCUUCCACCUGACUUUGAAAAGGAGGGGAAUAGACCUAAGAAACCACCUCCUCCAUCAGCUCCUGUCAUCAAACAAGGGGCAGGUACAACAGAACGAAAGCAUGAAAUUAAAAAGAUACCUCCCGAGAGACCAGAAACUCUUCCAAACAGAACAGAAGAAAAAGAAAGACCAGAGAGAGAGCAAAAACUGGAUUUGCAGAAGCCUUCUGUUCCUGCCAUCCCUCCAAAGAAACCUCGACCACCCAAGACAAAUUCUCUCAGCAGACCUGGUGCAUUGCCUCCGAGAAGACCGGAAAGACCAGUGGUGCCUGUGACACAUAGCAGGACUGACACUGCAAAGAUUGACUUGGUGGUCAGUACGGUAUCCAGCACCUCCGAGAAGGACCUCUCAGACAGAAGCAAUGACAUUGACCUAGAAGGUUUUGACUCUGUAGUAUCAUCUACUGAGAAACUCAGUCAUCCAACAACAAGCAGACCAAAAGCCACUGGUAGACGGCCUCCAUCCCAGUCUCUCACAUCUUCUUCCCUUUCAAGUCCUGAUUUCUUUGAUUCCCCGAGCCCAGAAGAAGAUAAAGAGGAGCACACUUCCCUUGCGCACAGAGGAAUAGACGUGUCCAAGAAGACGGCAAAGACUGUUACCAUAUCCCAGGUAUCCGACAAUAAAGCUUCCUUACCUCCGAAGCCCGGGGGGAUGGCUGCUGUUGGGACCAGCACACAAACACCGCUUUCUUCCUCCUCCUCAUCUUCCCUUCACUCAUCGUCUUUGGGAACAACAAGUCACAGGUCAAACUCCCCUUCUCUGUUUAGCGUCGAAGGAAAGCCAAAGACUGAGCAGCUGAGCUAUGGUCAGUCAGCGGUAGAAGAACUUAGGACACAAGUGAAAGAGUUGAGGACCAUCAUUGAAACGAUGAAGGACCAGCAAAAAAGAGAAAUUAAGCAAUUAUUGUCUGAAUUGGAUGAAGAAAAGAAGAUCCGUCUUCGAUUACAGAUGGAAGUUAAUGAUAUAAAGAAAGUUCUUCAACCAAAGUGAAUUCUUGAUAGAUGAAAUGCUACAUUAUUCAUCGUGAAUCCGAGAUUCAGAUGUCUGCCCCAGCCAAAAUAACUUUGUGCCAAAUGAUUUAAGGUUUGCCUCGACAUUUCCCUGUUUGAAGGAUUAGCACAAAAUGUUUGGAACAGCACAACACAAAAUUCCAUCCAAGAGGAAGGACUUCCCCUAGGGUGCGGUUGUGACUUAAAACCGAGUGGGUUGUGCUAACGGCUUCUCUACUUCAAGACCACAAGUGAAAUGAAAACUCAGGCAGUUUAGUCUAUAGUGGUACUAUUUUGAUGAUAUUUUCCAUAAAUAAAAUGUAUUUCAGAUUAUUGGUUUACAAGCUUUAUAAUUUUAUGAUUUUUUUAAUUGUCUUUUGUCACCAAUUCCUAUAAUGUUUGUACUACAUAUAGUUAGGAAUGAAUGUUUACUAUUCUUUUUGCUUUGGAUAAAAAAAAAUAGCCUAAUUUUAAUUUUUGUCUUAUAGUUUAGGAUUCUCUUACAUAUGCAAUUUUAUGCCCCCAAACAAACUAUCACCUUGGAGAGAAAUUUUAGCUUAUGUAUAAUAGUGUAUUUAAAAAAGAAAAAAAAGAUAAUCUGGUCUUUGUAAUGAUCUGUGCCUUCUUUUCACCACCCUCUUGGUUGGAGCUGUUUUGAUCCAACUACCAUGAUUAUAACCCAUUACUUAAGUCCACAAGAGGCCCUUCUCUUAAUAGAUAGCACCUCUCAAAAUAGCCAAAGGUCCCUGGAGGUGGCUAUGUAAUUGAGAGUGCUAUGUCUUACCAGCUGUGUCUUUUUAAGCUGUCCUGGGUUUGGGUUGUUCAAGAAACCAGAAAAUUCAUCUCUGCUUGUUUUUUCAUUAGCCAAGUUAAACUCCUGCCUCCUUUCCUUGCACCUUUUGAGUGAACAGAAUAUGCAUUGCUAAAGCAAAAAUAAAUAAAAGGAAAAAUGCAAAUAAAAACAAGGGGAAAAAAGUUGUAUUUUUUCAUGCACAAGGUUCUCUGUUGUGUGUUAUCAUUUAAACUGCAUUUAUGUAUUGCCUCUUGCCUUUGCACCCUUGUAAAUCCUGCAACGUAUAGGUUGAAUGGAAUUGGGGGGAGGGGGGAGAGGGGUAUAUGUAAUUACAUUGUAGCAGUUGCUAGAUCUUUCCUGCUUUUAUGGGAUUUUUUUUUUCCUUUGAAAGGAAAUUGUUUCCUUGUCUGCUUUAUCUGUAUAGUGGAUGAACUGUUUGGCCCCAGGAGAUGCCUCUGUUUCCACAUUCUUAAUGAUAAUUGAAAUUAAGGGUCUGUAUUGCAAGAAAUAUCUAUAUCUAUAGAUAUAUACAUGCAUAUAUGUGUAUAUACAUAUAUGUAUGUGUGUAUUUGGGGAGGGGGGUUUCAAUUGCCUUGGAAUUAAAUGCUGCUUUGUCUUUUUUCCUGAGUUUUAUAUGGAAACUACUAAAUAUUGAUAGAUUUGCACAAUCACAAAGAGUGAGAAUUGAUAGUACUUUACAAAACUCCCCCAUAAUUUAAUUAUUGACCAUGUAAAUCAUUACAAGUAGAUCUUUCUUGCUUUUUCCUCCUUGCCUACCUUCCUUCACAUAUAUAUCAAUUGGUGCUCACCCAUUUUGACAUUUUGCUUCCCAUAGAGGAUUUCCUUGUAUGCCUAGCAUUCCAUUCCCAUUAAAGUCCCCAUCAAUACAACUUUAUGUAUGUCCACUUCCAGGAUCAUCUAAAUAGCUCUGAGGAGUAGCCAAAGCCCUCCCUGGAAAUGUGGUUUUUAAAGAAUUUUUAAAGUUAAUUGCUAAUUUCUGUAAAGGCUUUUGCUGUCUAUUGUGCAGAGAAUGUAGGAGUUUGGGAAGAAGACAUUGGCUGAAGGAGGGGGAAAGGGAUGGGGAAGAUACACUGAAUUAUAUGUUCCUUCACAUAACUUUUGGAAUCCUACAUAGAUAGCAUCCACCCAUGGCUGAAUAGCUGCUAUUCACUCUUUACAAAAUGAACCUCACUUGACAUGUAAGGAAAAGCUUGGAAGUAUCACUUUGGCAAAAAUCUCUCUGCAUUCAGCAUGGACUGACCAGGCAUCUAUGGAAACUAUUUUUUUUUUUUUGCUUCAUUUUAUAAGAUUGUAUUUAGGAGUGUUAAGUAUUGUGCUUUGUAAAGAAGAUUAUUAAAAUGAGAUUUUGUGAAAUUAUUUUUGUUCCAAGUUUUCAUGGUUCAAAAGGAAUGUUUUUGGGGUGGAUGGAAGCUAUUUAUCUUCACUCUCCAUUUGAUUAUUUUUAUAGAACAUGAUUUUGAAAGCACACAUUAUAUACCCU